AUACUUUAGUAUCAAUUCGUGAUGGCCACCCGCCAUUAAGUAAAAACGUGUCCGCAGAAGAAAAACAAUUUCAAACGUUUUUGUUGACGAAACUGUCAAAAAUAUAGCUGGUUUCGCUGCGGAAAACAAAAAUACAGUGAAAGCAUAUGAUUUCCACUCAAUUUCAACGUGAUAAGGUCAAAAAAAGUGCAAAAGAAUGUGCGUGAAAAAUAUUUGAAAGAAAUACCAAGAACAGCAACAAAAGAACAGUAACUAAACGCCACUGGAAGUCAAUAAUAGGAAGACAACAAACAAAUAAAUUUAUUAAGAAUAAAGAUGAACUGAAAUGUGCAAAUUUGAUCAACGUAAUUAUGCCAAUUCACAUAAUUUUUUCGAUUUCAACGUGAAAAAUGUCGUCGACACAAUUGCUGCACUCGUUAUUGUUGUUGCUACCACUGCGUUGUCGUCGUAAUUGCAAUAAACUAAUCUCUUUGGCCCUGUUGUUGCUCUCAGCGCUGUUUGCAUACAACGAGCAACGACAGCAGCAGACGGCAGCAGAGGCAGCGGACGACGACGGCAGAAGCAGCAACAGCAGCAGCAGCAGCGGCGGAGGAAGCGGCCCAGCAGUAACAAAAACAACACAAACAACAUCAGCAAGAAGUUAUCCAACAGUUACGUUGGACACGUCUUUGUACACAGCAGUAGCAACUGCCGUGGCCGUGGUCGAACGGCGUACGAACAAAAAAGCCGCCAGCAGCAACCGGAGCCGGGACGUGGGUACGGGCACGGAAACGGAAACGGGCACAGGGGCUGCGUAUAUUAGCUGGCAGAGCAGCCAUUGCCACCGCAGCCCCGGUGCUCAGUCGGAGGCGCAGGCAGAGCAGCCGGUGCUGCGUUCACCAACAACAGCAACAACAAAUAAGACUCGCUCGGCGUUAACGUUGACGUCGUUACAUAAGCUUAAGAGCAGCAUAUCUCCUCCAUCCAUAGACGCUUCUUUUGCGAGGCUAACAACAGUAGCAACAACAACAGUAACAGACACAGAAGCUGCUGCUGCAAAAACUAGAACAACGAAUCUGUUGAAAGACUCGUGUAUAGAAGCAGCAACACAAACACAAGGAGUAACAAAUCGCUGCUGUAGGAAUCUGAAGCAGCCGUUGCCAGUGGUCGUUGCGGGAUUAGCCAUUGGCAGUUGCCACUACAUAGCACCGAUAGCAACUUAAGAGCCACCGCCACCAUCACCCCUCACCUACUACAGCAAUCAGCAAUAUAAUCAGACAACAUUAGCCACAACAAACAAUUCCACAAACACUUAACAGCAGCAAAACAACAACGUUCCAUACAACACACAACAUCCAAAAGAGAAGAAGACGAAGACGAAGGAAAAACAGCCACAAAAUGUCGAAACUAUCAUUUAGAGCACGCCACUUGGAUCCGUCCAAGCAGAUGCCCAUCUACUUGGCGGAGGAGUUGCCCGAUUUGCCAGAGUAUUCGGCCAUUAAUCGCGCUGUGCCACAAAUGCCAAGUGGCAUGGAAAAAGAGGAAGAGUCGGAGCAUCAUCUGCAGCGGGCCAUUUGCACUGGUCUUAUUAUACCCACGCCAGAGGUGUUGCAAACGGAUCAGCCGUUCUAUGAUGCCUAUUAUCCGCCAGACUACAAAAUGCCCCGCCAAAUGAUUCACAUGCAACCCUUGGGCCUGGACACAGAGGUGCCAGACUAUGACAUGGAUAGCGCGGAUGAGGAUUGGCUGAACCAGCAGCAACGCUUGCAGCUGACUGAGUUGAGGUUCGAACAAAUGAUGGAUCGGCUGGAAAAGAGCUCUGGCCAAACAGUCGUCACACUCAGUGAGGCAAAAACGUUGCUUAAUCAAGACGACGAGACUAGCAUAUCAGUGUACGACUACUGGCUGUACAAGCGCCUUAAAAUGCAACAUCCGCUGAUACUCACCGUCAAGACGGAGAGCCGACCUGGGGCAAGCUCUAAUAAUCCCUAUCUGGCGUUUCGACGACGCACUGAAAAGAUGCAAACACGAAAGAAUCGCAAAAACGACGAAGCCUCCUACGAGAAGAUGCUUAAGCUGCGACGCGACUUGCAACGCGCUACAACUAUAUUGGAAAUGGUGCGACGUCGCGAGGAAACAAAGCGAGAUCAUCUCAAGAUGACAGUUAAUAUCUUUGAGAAACGUGUGGAAAUGCGCGACUUUAACGGUGCAGUCUACUCGGAGCUGAAUGCCCAAUAUAAGAACUCGAGACCCGUAUACAAUUCGUUGUAUACGAAUCAAUACUCACAAGGCGCACCGGCGGCUGGCACAACAGCGAGUGGGGCUCUGCUGGCCGGCGGUGGUGUGCUGCCUCCAGGCAUAUUGGCAGCAGGAGCAAACAACAACACGGCCGUCUAUGGGCAGGCAUCGCAGUACCUGAACACAUCGAGUCUGACCAUGGAUGGCAUCAGUGCUAGCAGUGGCAACGGUAGCAGCAGUCGAAAGGAGAAACGGCCGUAUAAAAAACGCAAGCACAAACUUCCGCGUGAGAAGCAAUUGCAGCAGCAGCAACAUCAGCAGCAGCAACAACAACAGCAGCAGCAGCAACAACAGUAUUUGCCGGGCCUGAGCCUGGCGUCUUCAGCGUCGGGCAUUUCACCUGCGCACCUGCAUCGCCUUAAUCGCCAGAGCUCUUCGCCGGCAGGCAACGAGUCAAUUGUGGACAGCGAUGAGGACGACUAUCUUGCCGUCGGCGCCCAGAAUGGCAACAAGCUGGGCUCCGAGAGCGAGGAGGAGGCUCCGUUUGCAUUUAGACGCAGGUCCAGGUGUAAUUACCUGCGGACGCGUGGAGUUGACGAAGGUCGUUGGCCCUGGGAGUCGCCGGCUGAGUACGAUGAGGAAGCGCCGCCCGGUGCGGCAGUUGGUCCUGACGCUAAAUACCGUUACACGCUAACGUCGAUCAACUAUUAUAGGCCACGGUGCAUAGGCUUUGCGCGUAGGCGUCUGGGUCGCGGUGGUCGCGUGCUGCUUGACCGGGCCAGUAGCUGUUACGACGAUCUGUGGUCUCAGUUCGAUUAUACGGUAUUGGACAGUGUAGUGAAGAGCGGCAAGCCUUUGAAGCACGAUCUUAAGCAGCAACUGUCCAAGCCCAGCUCCCCGCCAACCGUUGUUGAUCUGCCCACUUGCAAGGCGGAUAAGAUUACCGGGGAUGGCAGCGCAACUCCCGAGGCGGUCCUUAAGGUUGAGCCGCCCGGGGAACAGGUGCUGCCCAAGGAGGAGCGGCAGGAAGAUGAGGAAGAAGAUGAUGAAGAAGAGGAGGAUGACCUGUGCACAGAGGAUGAGAAUGUCUCGCGUCUAAGCAUCUACAGCUCGGCGGUGACGUUGCAGCAAAGUCCCUUCGAUAAGCGCAUGAAACGCCGCCGAAUGCACCGCAAGAAACAGCAAUUGCGGGAGCAGAAUGCUGCGAAACGUCUGAAGAGCGCCGUCAUUGAUAGCGAAGACGGCGUGGCUAUGGACGAGGAUACGCCGCGUCUACUUCCACUGCCUAGAUCGUAUUUGCAACGUUUGGCACUGACACUGCAUUCGACGACGACGGCGGCGGCGGCUGCGGCAGCUGCAGCUGUGAACCAAAUGCAGGCGGAAGUGUUAACGGAUGCAAAUGCGAUGAGUUUGGAAAAGCAGCCGCAGCAGCAGCAGCAGCAGCCAGAGCUGGAGCUGAAGCAGGAAAUAUGCGAUGAGCUGAUAGAGCAGUCACGCCACGCUAAUCAUCAGCACCACCGUUCCAAUAAUAAUAAUAAUAACAACAACACCGUGUUUAAUAAUAACAACAACAACAAUAGUAGUAGUAGUAAUAUGAAUAAGAAUGUUAGCAUUAGCGAAAAAUUCAAUGUGAUAAAAGUGGAGGAAGCGGAUGCGGACGGAGAUGAUGGGACAACUCUGAGUGAGCAGCCGGUGGCCUCUACCUCGGCAGCAGCAGCUGCAGCACGCGCUGCCGAAGCGGCAGCUGCAGCAACAACAACAAACGCAAUUGGAUCUGCAAAUUCAGCGGUCGAAGUCGAGGAAGUGGCCAGGACGAUAAAGCGCGAACUGAUCGAUGCCGAUGACUCCAAUGAGCCCCUGAGCAGCAUACGCACAGCGGCGUCUAUGCAGAGCAAGCAGCAGCAGCAGAAGGAGGAGGACUUCAUGGACGAUGAUGAGGCCGAAGAUGAUGUAAAUCUGGCACAGCUCAGCAGCAUUAUACGGCACACAGCGGUCAAGAAAGAGCUGCAAGCGCAGCAACAGCAACAGCAGAAAAGGCAAAAGCAGGAGCAGCAACAGCAGCUGGAGAGCCAGAGCCGAUGCUUCAACCAGAUGCCCGAUGUCAUUCGUCUGCACAAUAAACAACUGCACAUUGAUGCUGGGGAGCUGGAUGCGACUGCAUCAGCGCCAACAGAGGACGACAGCGAAGCCUACGACUAUAUGGGCGGACUGUCGCCGACAUCUAGCCAGCGCCUGGACAUCUGCAAUGAACUGCUGUCGGAGAUCAGGCGCGACUGGCUGCACUUUCGGCCAAAGACGCCUACGGACGAGCUGUCGGACAGCAAUCACGAGGACGAGGACAAUGGCAAGCUGUGCGAUGCUGCGGCCGUGGACUGGACACAGGAUACGCCCAUUAGCAUCGAGCUGAGUCUCUUGGGCAAGGGCAGUGACGACUUCGAUGCCGCAAACGAGGCCCACUUCAUGAGCACCGCCUUCAAGUACACGGAUCUCGACGCGGAUGCUCAACUGCUGCAGACCGCCUACGCGCUAGAUUAUGCACGCGACAGCAGCAAUCGAAGUCCCGAUAACACAAAUGGCGACUGCUCCGACUCUGGUUCGGGCUUGGGAUCGGGUUCAGGUUCCGGCUCUGCGUUGGAGUUCAAUCUCAGCUGCGGUGAUUCGCUCAACGACAUCAAUUUGUUGGGUGAUGAUCUGGUCAACAAUAUAUUGCACGAGUGCAGCAUGGAUGAUCCCAAGAAUAAUGCUACCAACUUCUGGAACAUCCUUGACGGUGAGACGGCAGUCGACGAUGUCGACAACGCUGAAAGCCUACUCGACUGCAAAACCACCAACGCCUCUGAACUGAAGCGCACGGCACGCCAUCGUGCACACAAUCGAGGCCCAACGGCUCCCCUCGGUAGCUCCAGCUUUAAAACGGCUGAAGUGCAGUCGUCCUUCUUCUGCCAAGCAGCGCCCGUUAAACAGGAACCGCCGCCGGAGGCAUCGCCAGACGCUGCACCGCCAGAGACAACGUUACCGAUCAAGGUGGAACCAAUGGAAGCCAUAUCCACACCGCCGAUCGCGUUGCCACACACAGCAGAAAUUACCUUAACGACAACCUCGCCCGCCAAUGCAGUCCCAGUAGCUACAGCUCCGGCUGUGCCAGUGCCAGCACCAGCACCAGCACCACAACUGGUGCCCACGUCAACUUCAGCGCCGUUGAUUGCCACCAGCACAGCAGCCACCCAUCUGCUUAACAUACCCGCCCAAAUCACAACGCAACAGCAGCCGCAACAGCAGCAGCAACAGCAGCAGCAACAGCAGCAGCAACAGCAGUCGCAACAGCAGCAGCAACAGCAACUGCCUCAGCAGUCGAAACCUGCACAGGUGGCUGUGACACAGCAGCUGCUAAAUCAGUUUGCCGCUAGCGCGGCACCAGCUGCCACGCAGCUGAUCGCGAGGACUGAGUUUGUGAGCAGUGGCACGGCCGUUGGGGAUAUUGUGACCAUAACGCCGCAUACGGGCAGCAGUCCGCUGCCGGCGUUGACACCGCAGCAGCAACAGCUGCAGCAUCAGCUGGCGCAGGCGCAGCUACGGAAUGUCACAGUGCAGCAGAGACAGGCGACACCCCAGCAGCAACAAGUGCAGCAAGUGCAGCAGGUGCAGCAACAACAGCAGCAGCCACAACAGUUUCUGCUGCAGAUGCAGCGUGAUAUUGUCGGCUCACCGGCUGUGAUCUCCUCGCAGAGCAUUGUGACGUCACGCAGUGGCAACCAUAUGAUAUACACGACGAGUAGCGGCGAGAUUAUGACAGCGGCCGGCCAGGUGGGCGCCCAGAAGGUGACCUAUGCCAUACAGAAGAGCGGCGGCGGCAGCAGUGCCUCCAUCGGACCCAACACUGUCAUCACGCUGUCCAACGUUAAGCUGCAGAACGACGACAGCUCGGCGUCCGCCUCACAGCCGUCGAGUGUCAAUAUCAUCAACACGGCCAGCGGGCAGCAGUUGGCGGUGCACAGCAUUUCGGGUAUCCAACAACAGCAGCAGCAGCAGCAACUGCAACAGCAGACAACGAGCAGCACGCCACUCAUUGUGACCACGCGCAACAACAACGCCCACCAGCAGCAGCAGCAGCAACAGCACCAGCAACAACAGCAGCAGCAGCAGCAGCAACAACUCGUACAGCAGCAGCAGCAGCCGAUUGUUUGGCGUCAGGUGAGCGGCACCAACACAGCGGUGGCCACCACAGCGGUGCUCUCCAGCACCACAACUGAUUCUGCAACAGCCGUGGGCAAUAAGAUUGUGUGGACGAGCCGCGCCACCCAGAAGCGACAGAACGGCCCCGAAAACACAGAUUAUAACAAACUGCUGCUGAACCGGAAGUUCGCGCAGCGUAAGGUGGUGCAGCAGGCGGUGACACAGCAGGCCGUGACGCAGCAGCAGUUCCAGCUAACGAAACAACAGCUGCAACAGUUGGUGCAGCAGGAAGAUGAGCUGGUGGCUAGUGGUGCUGGCGAGCAGCUGACACUGCAGGACGGCAGCGAUGCACUGCAGCAGCAACAGCAACAGCAGCAACAACAUCAACAUCUGCAACAGCAGCAGCAGCAACAUCAGCAACUGCAAAAGUUCAGCAAGGUGAUUAAAAUGUCGCCUUUUCCGCUGAUUGUGUCGGACCUCAAUCAGCCGCAGCAACAGCAGAAGCCCAAUUCAGCAGCGACCAUUGCGGCCAAUCACAACUACAGCCUGCAGCCGGCAACAGCCAUAAUCACCUCCCAGGCGGGGCCACAGCAGGCCAACAAGAUCUUCCUCACGAGCAAUAGCAGCGGUGGCAGCGGCGGCAAUUUCAUAGCCACGGCCAGCGAACUGCAGGCAGCUGUGGCUGCCAGCAACGCGGGUCAGCAGAAGAUCCACUACAAGGAGCUGCCCAAUGCCAAUGUCAAGUUGAACUUCGUGAGCACUGCCACGACAGGCAAUGCGGCCGACACGCUGGUGAGCCAAGCGUCACAGCAGCUGGGCGCCACCACUGUGGUGUUGAAUAAGACAGGCUCUCCGCUGCCCACCGCCAUGCAGCAGCAGCAGCUGCAGCAACACCAAAAGCUCAAGGCAGGCGGGGCGCAAGUGCAGGUGCCGGGCUCGGCUGGGGAUAAGCGCGUGCUCUACACGAGCCUGCUGAAUAUGAAGCCAUUGCAGAAGAACAACAGCGGCCAGAUGCAGAUGCAGCUCGGUGCCGCCGGGCUGCAGCAGGUGCUGCGCGGACGACUGAAUAACUCUGGCAUAUUGACGCGAACUCUGCCGCUGGGCACCACUGUCAACAGUACAGGCGGCGGCGGAGGCGGAGGCACGCCGACGACCAUACGCCAGCUAGUCACCAGCAAUGCGAACAAUGUGGGUGCAGCAGCGGAUGCCAUCGCCAAGGAGGUGGGCAAGGUGCAUGUGACUGUGGAGCAGGUGAUUGCUAGUGCCAACAAUGGCGGCGUUGUGCUACCUACCAACACCAAUAACAACAACAACAACAGUAAUAGUAACAACAACAACAAUGCAAACAGCAGCAACAACAACAACAACGGCAGCGGCACAGGUGGAGGCGGAAUGAACGCAACAACGAGCAAUGUGAACGCAACUCCAACGAUAAACAGAUGAGACGCGGACA